AUGGAUUUCACGAGGAUACUACCAGAAGAGUGCCAAGCUCUGAUCAUAUCGUUGACUUCGCCGGAGGACGCUUGCCGGUCGGCCAUGGUUUCUCCUUCUUUGAGAUCAGUUGCAGACAGCGAUGCAGUGUGGGAAAAGUUUUUGCCUUGUGAUUAUCACUCCAUCGUUUCAUCAUCAUCAUCAUCAUCGUUGCUUUCACUGGGGAAGAAGGAUCUUUACUUCCAUCUAUCUUCUCAUCUCAUCCUCGUCCAAAACGAUACCAUGAGCUUUCAGUUGGAGAAAAGGAGUGGGAAAAAAUGGUAUAUGCUGGGGGCAAGAGCACUUUCCAUUAUAUGGGGAGAUACACCUGCCUAUUGGAUUUGGACAUCCCAACCAGAUUCUAGGUUCCCCGAAGUUGCCGAGCUCAAACUAGUAUGGUGGCUUGACGUGAAGGGAAAGAUCGAGACCCGAAUUUUAUCUCCCAACACAAACUACGCAAUAUACCUUGUGUUUCGACUAAGAUAUCGUCAUACAAGCGGGUUUAGAAGAAGAACCGUAGGUUUAAAUGUGAAUAUCGACGGAAUGAUCCCGAUGGGAGCGCGGAGGGUGUCGUUGGACUCACGAGAUGAACCCCAACAUCUGAGAGAGAGAGGAGAUGAGUGGAUGGAGGUUGAAAUGGGUGAGUUUUGGAAUGAAUGUGGUGAUGGUGGAAGUGUGGAGUUUUGUCUUAAGGAGAUUGAUACAAAUUUCCAUAAGCGAGGCCUCAUUAUUGAAGGAAUUGAGAUUAGGCCUAAAGACAUCGUUCCUUCUUCAUAA